AGCAUGCACGUGCCCUAGUAUUGUUACACUUUAAUAAUAUAUCAUGCUGUCUUAAUUUUCUGUUGACAUGUGAGUGAUCGAUCUGGUUAGUCUCAUCCCUCGGUCUAUCUCUCAAUUAAAAACUCGUUAAUUUUCAUUAUCUUAGUAUUUAUCUGACUCAAAGCAUGCUUUAACACGUCAUUUAUUUAUAAAAGAUUAUUAAAGGUAAGGCUGCCAGAAAAAAAUAAAAUAAAAUUACCAAAGCACUCAACUGGUAUACUUGGGGUUAUAGCUCAAUCGGUCCUUAUUCAUUUCAAUGGCGGCGCCGCUUCAUACCCUCAAGAUCCUCGAGCAAAGCCAGGUCUCUCCGCCACCGGGUUCGGUGCCCACCACCUCUCUUCCUCUCACUUUCUUCGAUUUACUAUGGUACUUUUGUUGUCCCAUGCAACGCCUCUACUUCUACCAAUCCCCUCACCCAACCCAAUUCAUCUACCAAACUCUCCUUCCCAAUCUCAAAAACUCACUCUCUCUCACUCUUAAACACUUCUUUCCCUACGCCGGAAAUCUCAUCUGCUCGCCCUCUCCGGCCAGACCCCACAUCCUCUACACCGAAGGAGACUCCGUUCCAUUCACCAUCGCCGAGUCCGACGCCGAAUUCGAUCGUCUCAUUGCAGAUUACCCCCGAGAUGUCCAAGAACACCACCCCUUUGUAACCAACCUGCCGCCGACACGGACCGAGGGUGACGCGCGCGUGGUUCCUCUCAUGGCCCUGCAGGUUACCGUUUUUCCCAACUCGGGGAUCUCUAUUGGGGUGACUUUUUGCCACAUGGUGGCUGAUGGGAGAGCUUUCCACCACUUCAUGAAAUCAUGGGGAUCCGUUUGCAAGUCAAACGGGGAUCUGAGAUUCAUUGAAAAGUCCAUGCCGUUUCACGGUCGAGUUUCGAUCAAAAUCCCCUGUGGCGUGGAGGGUGACGUGUUGAAAUCCUUUUGGGACUGGGCUUCGGUUGAGAAAGAGGAUCUCGGCCCAAUGAAUCUUAAAAAGCUAGCUGGUAAAGUUCGGGCCACUUUCAAUUUGGGCCAAGCCCAAAUAGAGAGACUGCAGCAUUGGGUUAAGAAUCAAUUCACCGAGGAGGAAUUAGAUACGUUACACAUCUCAACAUUUGUGGUCACUUGUGCUCUAUUAUGGGUUUGUUUGAUCAAAUCUUCACAAUCGAUGGAAUUGACCAAAUUUUCAAAAGAAGAUGAGCCUUACUUCUUCGCUUUCGUUGGAGAUUGUAGAAACCGCCUUGAGUCUCCAAUACCCUACACCUAUUUUGGAAACUGCCUUGCGUUUUGUUUCCUAUCAGUCAAUAGGAAUGAGCUAUUAGGAGAGAAGGGAAUUGUGGCUGCUGCAAAAGGGAUUGGGAAAAGAGUGAAGCAAUUGGAGUGUAAUGGAGCUUUAGAAGGAGCAGAGAAUUGGAUGCAAGAAUGGAAAGAAAUAGUAGACAAGUAUAAAUUUUUUACCGUGGCAGGGUCACCGAAAUUGGGUAUUUAUGAUACAGAUUUUGGGUUGGGAAGGCCUAAAAAGACUGAAUUGCUUCAUACUGAUGUUUCUGGUGCCAUUUCUCUAUCAGACAGUAGAGAGAAUGAAUUCGGGGUUGAGGUUAGCCUGGCAAUAAGCAAGGCUCAAAUGGAUUGUUUCAGUUCUAUAAUGGAGGACAAUCUUCAAUUGGAAAAUAUUUAUAGCGGCGUAAGGAUUCUUGGCAGCUUGGGAUUGUGUAUUGAGGAAGAACGGAUUCGGUGGACUACGUGAACGAUUUGAGGACAACAUUGGUUCAAUCUUUUUAAUUAUGUUUUCUAUGUAUUUUUCCGCACUUGAUUUUCUAACGCAUUUAUCUAAGUUAAAGUUAUGUUUAAUUAUUUUUUUUAAACAAUGGGAUCCCAUAUCAUACCCCGAAUUUUAUGUAUUUCAACUUUUACUUAUUAGGUUUUAAUAAAGUUAUGAAUGUUUCAUAUGUAUGUUUUCUUAAGAAUAGUGUCUACGUAUAAGCAGUUUUAAUGGUCCAAAGUCUGAAAUUAGUUGGCUCAUUACAGUUGGUAUCAGAGCAACGGUUCAUUC